ACACAAGCAAGAAAUCAAAACUUCUAAACAGCUAGCUCACACCAUGGAUUCUCUGCGUGCUGCUGGCAAGGCCAUUAGGAACAGCCCCAAGGCCAUUCGUAAGAGGUUUGGCCAUGACUCACCACCAAAGCAUGACAAGCUUGAUGAGGAUUGGUACCAUUCUGACGACCCCAUUAACGCUGGUGUCACCUUCUUUGUCAAGUACCUCGGGUCCACCUCUGUUACUAAGACCCACGGACCUGGGUCCACCGACGAUGCUGUCCAGUCAAUUGUGCAUCAUGCCAAGUCAAGAGGAGGCAAGCUACAGAAGGUUCAGAUGAUCGUCUCCUCCAAAAUCAUCAAACUGGAAGACGUACAGAAACAGAUAAAGUUGGAGGAAAUACCAUUGUACAGGGUGUCCUAUUGCACUGUGGACCCGUACUUUGACAAAGUGUUCUGCUACAUCUGCCGGAAUCACGAGAACAAGGAGCUUGAAUGUCAUGCCUUUCUCUGCUCCAAGAAGUCCAAGGCUGAGGCCAUUACUCUGACAGUGGCCCAGGCAUUCAACAUUGCUUUUGAGCGAUGGCAAGCACACAAGAAGAGGAAGGAAAGUCAAAAGAAGGCCAGGGAGAAUGUGAAGACAGCUGCAGCCGCUCUGGCUAGUGUGUCCACCAGUAACGGUGCACCACCACAGCAGACUAAGCCAGAUCUCGGAGAGGAGUUGAAGACCCCCUCUCCCCUCCCAGUGCCCAUUAUUGCUCCCCCUACUGUCAUUGAACCCAGCCCUAUGGACAAUGUGGUGGAGGGCAUGGCAGCUACUAAGAUUGAAAUCUCCCCUCCUCUAGCACAACCAAAAAAGCAGACCAAUCCGUUUGCCUCGGCUGAUGACUCACAGAUUGGCCUACUCGAUGUCAAGUCGACCAUGUCAAAGGCCAUUAGUCUGGACUACUUGCGAAUGGAAGAUGACCUUGACUCAGAGUUCACCCUUCUGGCGGAGGCACGCUCCAACCCACACCUCCUCGACAUAGGCUCACACUUGGAUCGCUCUGGUCAUAACUUAGAGGUCACUCAUCACAUGUCUGGCGAUAAAACUGCCGACGAACUCUCAAUGACUAAGUCCAUUGAUGACUUGCUUAUGUAUUAAUUUGUUUAUGUGUACACGUACGUAUGACUGUGUGUGGUCCAUGUUUAGUUUUAUUGAUAGUUUAUAUUGAUAGUUUUUGUAUGUAUACUAUUAUUAUUACUUCUAUUCUCA